AUGGAGGAAGCUGGAGACCCUAGUAGAAGUCGUGAAGAAUCAUCCACGCCUUUCUUGUCACAGAAUGGCGGGCUAAUUCCGCAGUUAUUUACAUCAGUGCCAUCUUUAAAUGAAGCUGCUUUUUAUCUAGCUCAAUCUACUUCAUUGUUUACCCGCUGUUUCUCUGAUUAUUCUGUGGAAUAUCCUUCUUCUGGGGAUUCUGUUACACAUGCGCAGGAGUUGGCCACGUUUUCUUCCACACAAAAUGGGGAUUCUCUGGAUAGUGAUUGCCCAUCUUCAAGUGGAAGUCAUCCUGCCACUGAUACCCCUCCUAUCCAGGCUGGAGGGGCAAGAACCUCUUCUGAAGGACCAUCUCAAGAUACUGGUGCACUUGUACAAUCAAAUAAUAGUGACCAAAGUGGACUUUCAAUGUUUCAAGGGCUUAUUGAGCGUGCACGGAGGACUGUUCGUGGAUCUGCUGAUGAUAUAGGGUGGCUGCAACGUGCUUCAGGUAUGCCUCCAGUUGAAGAUGGAACUGGAAGGUUUAUGGAAAUUCUUGAUAACAUCAGGGUCUACACAAGUUGCCAAAUUCGGUGGUUUAUUUAUUGGUUCCAGAAUUCCUCUCGAAACAUAGGAGAUUAUAUUGAUACAAGUUCCAGUCACCUUUUAGGUAGACUGAAGGUCAAGGUCUUGAACAGGCAUGCUAACUUUUGUCCAGUGUUGGGGUGUCAAAAGGCCCUGAAUGUCACAAACUAUACGUUUUUCCUGGAAUCGAUGGUUUGUGCAACUUUGCUGGUUUACUUGUCAGGUCUUUUCAGCAAUCAUGGACCGCUUUAUUUUGUUUCUACAAAAACGAGUUUCUCUAAGAUGGGUCUGACAUGUCACAUCGCCAAGAUUCAUAGUGAGGCUUCAGUUGGGAAAAAUGCCAGAGAGUUAAAAGAAUACAUUGAGGAAAUCUACUGGGGUUCACAGAAACGCGUCAUGCUUCUUGGACAUAGCAAAGGGGGAGUAGAUGCAGCGGCUGCUUUGUCGUUAUAUUGGUCAGAUUUGAAAGACAAGGUUGCCGGAUUAGCAUUAGCGCAGAGUCCAUAUGGUGGUAGUCCGAUAGCUUCAGAUAUUUUACGUGAAGGACAGCUUGGAGAUUAUGUAAAUAUACGGAGACUUAUGGAGAUUAUAAUCUGUAAAGUGAUCAAGGGUGACAUGCAAGCUUUAGAAGACUUAACUUAUGAGAGGAGGAAGGAAUUCUUGACAAAGCACCAAUUGCCAAGAGAACUUCCUGUUGUAUCUUUUCAUACAGAAGCAGGCAUUACUCCUGCUGUUCUAGCCACACUGUCUCAUGUUGCUCAUGCAGAGUUUCCCUUGAUGGCACCUCUAUCUUCAGGUGAAUCAACAAAACUCCCAGUGGUAGUGCCCCUUGGUGCUGCAAUGGCUGCGUGUGCCCAACUACUACAAAUCAGGUAUGGUGAGAAGAGCGAUGGGCUUGUCACUUGCCGUGAUGCAGAAGUCCCUGGAUCCACUGUAGUGCGACCCAAACGGAAAUUGGAUCAUGCUUGGAUGGUCUAUUCAUCCCUGAACGACGACCCUUCUGUUGGGGAUGCUUCUCAAGUGUGUGAAGCUCUGCUAACUUUGCUUGUGGAAGUUGGUCAAAGGAAGAGACAUGAAUUUGCAAUGAAAGAUGAAUGA